CGCUCUCUCCAGGUUCCCACAUUCCAUUUCUCAUCUCCCUUCAGACGUAGACGUAGAGGUUCAGUUUCGAAAACGCUGUAAAACCCUAGCGAAUAGCAAUACACUUCACCGCAUAGUGUCAAAGACUCGAACAACACUGAAAAUGGAGUGGAACCCUGAAUCCGCACAAAUCCUCUCCCAAUGCUUCCUCAACACGCUCUCUCCGAUGCCAGAACCUCGCCGCAAGGCGGAGGCGUGGCUGGCGGAUGCUUCUGAGAAGCUUAACUACGGCCUAGUCGUCCUCCGCUUAGUGGCCGAGCCUUCUAUUGAUGAGCAGAUCCGACAAGCUGCUGCCGUCAAUUUUAAGAACCACCUCAAGGCUAGAUGGUCGCCGGCUCCUUCUUCUGGUCCUAACAUUCAGGUUCCAGCUCCUAUUUCCGACCCCGAGAAGGAGCAGAUCAAAGGUUUGAUUGUCUCGCUGAUGCUUAAUGCAUCUCCCAGAAUACAGUCUCAGCUUAGUGAAGCUUUGACUGUGAUAGGGAAGCACGAUUUCCCUAAAGCUUGGCCCAGUUUGCUGCCUGAGCUUGUUCAGAGCCUUGAUAAAUCGAGUCAGGUAAACGAUUAUGCAUCUGUUAAUGGGGUGCUUACCACUCUAAACUCGUUGUUUAAUAAAUUCCGCUAUCAGUUCAAAACCAAUGAGUUGCUCCUUGAUCUCAAGUAUUGCCUCGAUAAUUUUGCAAGACCAUUGUUAGAAGUUUUUAAGCGUACUGCAAAUUUGAUAGACCAAGUGGUCGCUUCUGGCUCAACAAUUCCAUCAACCCUGAAGCCAUACAUAGAGUCUCAAAGGCUGUGCUGUGUAAUAUUCUAUUCUUUGAAUUUUCAAGAAUUACCUGAAUUCUUUGAGGACCAUAUGAAUGAAUGGAUGGCUGAGUAUAAGAAAUAUCUUACUGUGAAUUAUCCCGUUCUUGAGGAUAGUAGCAGUGAUGGGCUUGCAGUUGUUGAUGGUCUACGAUCUGCAGUCUGUGAAAACAUCAGCCUUUAUAUGGAGAAGGAGGAGGAAUUGUUUCAAGGCUAUUUGAGUGGAUUUGUGGAGGCGGUGUGGGGUCUUCUUGUGGUUUCAUCAGCCUCCUCCGCCCGGGAACAGUUGACUGUCACUGCAAUUAAGUUUUUGACAAUUGUUAGCACUAGUGUGCAUCACACACUGUUUGCAAGAGAUGACAUUCUUGAGCAGAUUGUUCAAAGUAUUGUCAUACCUAAUGUAAUGUUAAGGGAUGAAGAUGAAGAAUUGUUUGAAAUGAACUAUGUUGAGUUCAUAAGGAGGGAUAUGGAAGGAAGUGAUCUUGACACUAGGAGGAGGAUUGCAUGUGAACUACUCAAGGGUGUCGCAACUCAUUACAAGGAAAAAGUUGCUGAGAAGGUAUCCCUUCAGAUAAAUAAUUGUUUAGCCAUGUUUUCUCAGAAUCCAGCUGUAAAUUGGAAAUUUAAAGACUGUGCUAUCUAUUUAGUUGUCUCCCUGGCCACUAAAAAGGCAGGUGGUACUUCAGUGUCAACUGACCUGGUGGAUGUGGAGAGCUACUUUGGAACUGUAAUUGUUCCAGAGCUCCAAAGUCAGGAUGUGAAUGCUUUUCCAAUGUUGAAGGCAGGUGCAUUGAAGUUCUUUACGAUGUUUAGAAAUCUGAUACCAAAGCAAAUUGCACUGGCAUUGCUUCCGGAUGUCAUUCGUUUCCUUGGUGCAGACUCCAAUGUGGUCCAUUCUUAUAGUGCAAGCUGUAUAGAGAAGUUGUUGCUGAUAAAAGAAGAUGGUGCAAGAGCAAGGUAUACAGCAUCUGAUAUUAGUCCGUUUUUGCUAGUCUUGAUGACAAAUCUUUUUAAUGCCUUGAAGAAGCCAGAAUCUGAUGAGAAUCAAUACAUAAUGAAGUGUAUCAUGCGUGUGCUUGGCGUUGCUGAGAUUUCUCGUGAAGUUGCUUUACCCUGCAUAACUAGUCUCACCCAAGUCUUGAAUGUAGUAUGUCAAAAUCCAAAAAAUCCUGCUUUCAAUCAUUACCUGUUUGAAUCCGUUGCUGUUCUGAUCAGAAGGGCAUGUGAGAGGGAUUCUUCCCUCAUAUCUGCUGUAGAAGAAAGCUUGUUCCCUAGCCUAGAGAUGAUCUUGGCAAAAGAUGUGAGCGAGUUCUUCCCUUAUGCAUUCCAGCUUCUUGCUCAGCUUGUUGAGUUGAAUAGACCUCCUAUCCCAAAACACUACAUGCAGAUAUUUGAUAUUCUUCUCUUACCCGAUUCCUGGAAAAAGUCUGCAAAUGUUCCUGCUCUGGUCCGAUUGCUCCAGGCAUUUCUUCGGAAAGCACCUAGCGAGCUUAAUCAAAAUGGCAGGCUGUCAAAUGUCCUUGGCAUAUUUAACACACUGAUUGUUUCACCUAGCACAGAUGAACAGGGGUUCUAUGUGCUGAAUACAGUCAUUGAAAAUCUUGGUUUUGAUGUUGUCUCGCCAUAUGUACGCCAUAUCUGGGCUGCAUUAUUCAAGCGGCUGCAGGAAAGACGAACAUUGAAGUUUGUGAAGAAUCUUGUGAUAUUUAUGUCUCUAUUUCUUGUUAAACAUGGCUCUCAAAAUCUUGCAGCUUCGAUUGAUGCUGUUCAGGAAAAUUUAUUUCGUACUGUUUUGGAACAGUUUUGGGUUCCCACCCUCAAGUCAAUCACAGGGUCUGUUGAGCUCAAAUUAACGGCGGUUGCUUCGGCUAAACUUCUCUGUGAAUCCCCAUCAUAUUUGGAUUCUGGGCUUUGGGGAAAGAUGCUUGAUAGUGUUGUCACUCUUCUCUCUAAACCGGAAGAUGAGAGAGUAGAGGGUGAGCAAGAAGUUCCAGACUUUGGUGGGGAGACUGGAUAUACUGCUACUUUUGUUCAUCUAUACAAUACUGGUAAGAGAGAAGAGGACCCACUGUUAGAUAUACGGGACCCAAAGCUAUUCUUUGUCACAUCUUUAGCUAAUCUCUCGGCUCGAUCCCCUGGCCAAUACACCCAGGCUAUAAGGGAAAAUCUCCUCCCAGCAAAUCAGCAAGCAUUACUUCAGCUCUGCAGCGCUUAUAAUAUAGCAAUAGUUUGAGGACAAAGGCAUUCCAUGGGAAUUGGUGCCAUACUUCUAGAUGGUCUUGAUGUUCCAAAGUUACUUUAGCUGAAUGGUCGUGAAUCUUGAUAUUCUGUUUCUGGCCUACAUUCUUGGUGGAAGGAGCUUGGUACCCACAAUUGUGGCUUGGAUUUGGGACAAGGUUGUUUGGUUGUUGGUUCUUGAGACAGGCGUACGUGCUUUUGCGUAGCACAUUUUCUUUUGUAUGCCCUAUCUUUUGUUUUCUCUUUGAUGAAUUCAAUGAGACGAGUCUAUUAUACAUGAUAGUUUUCUUUUAAUCCUGCAGAUUCAUUCCUUGUCCCUUAAGCCUAGUUUGUUUUGUGGUUUAUCAUGGUUAAUCUGUAGUGUAUAAGAUGGAUAACCAUGUUUGUUUCUAUUUUCAAUUCUUAGUAUGGUUAUUGAUGGUAAUCCAU